AUGUCGGUCAUGACCAGUGAGCCCCCGUCGCCCACACGGACUUCGAGCGGUUUCAGCCUCCUCUCCAAAAUCAAGUCCCACAAGGAAUCCAAAUACCUCAGCCCUUCCAAGCCCACACCGGUCCAUCGCACGGGGAGUUAUGGCAGCAAUUACGACCUACCGACGCGAUCGUCGCCCUUCUCGCUACCCGCCCGUGAAGGCGCGGGAGCAAAAGCCCGGCGCCUGAGUGCGGAUCCCCGAGACGAUUUCUUUGUCGAUGUGUGUCCCCUGGAAGAUGAAUUCGUCUCGGCUUCCAAGAUAGGCCGUCGGAAAGAGAUCGGGAAGGGUGCCAGUGCAACGGUCAAAAUCAUGCAGCGGAAGGGUGAGAAGAAAAAGGGCGAAGGCACCGCGCUGUAUGCCGUCAAGGAAUACCGCAAGAAGGCUGCGAGAGAAACGGAGGAAGAGUACGUUCGCAAAGUAAAGUCCGAGUUUACGAUCGCCAAGUCGCUCAACCACCCCAAUAUUGUGCAAACCGUCCGGCUGUGCACGAACAACGGCCGCUGGAACCAUGUCAUGGAGUAUUGCCAACAGGGCGAGCUCUUCAGCCUGGUGGAACGAAAGUACCUGAAGGCAGAAGACAGGAACUGUAUCUUCAAGCAAGUCCUUCGUGGUGUCAACUACCUGCAUGAACAUGGGAUUGCGCACCGGGACAUCAAACUGGAAAACCUGCUCAUGACAGACGACGGGCACAUCAAGAUCACCGAUUUCGGUGUCUCGGAAGUCUUUUGUGGCGACCAUCCCGGUAUUCCUCUCUCGGGAGGACUCUGCGGACAAGCCAUGAGGGAGUCUCGCAAGUCGGCUCCAGGUAUUUGUGGUUCGAAACCAUACAUAUCGCCCGAGGUCUUGGCUCAGGAGCGGGAGUACGAUCCAACCAAGUUGGACGUGUGGGGAUGCGCGAUUCUUUUCAUGACCAUGUUUCUCAUCGGCAACCCGUGGCAGAGCGCGAGCAAGAAAGAGAUGAAUUAUGCCCUCUUCCUCGAAGGGUGGCAAGCGUUUCUGGAGCGGUUCAAGGAUUCAGCCAUCGACGAGAACUGCCAUCCGCAAUGUGGGCCCAUCUUCAACGCUCUACCGUCGAACUCGAUCCGGAGGUGUAUCCUCAAGAUGCUUCACCCAGAUCCCGAACGGCGAUGCAGCAUCAGCGACGCCUUGAACGAUCGGUGGGUUAAAGGAGUCGACUGCUGUUCACGUGGGGAGAUUGGACCGACCUUUGAUGCGAUUGACGUUUCCAAGACGGGGUGUCACAAGGUGGCCGCCAGGAUGAGGGUGCAGGUCAAGCAUGACCAUCUGCCGCCACCGGUCAAGCGGCUGCCACAACAUCGCUUUGAUAUGGGGGAUGGGACAUCUCGCUAUGACUGA